AUGAGUUUAAAAGUAGACACUAUAGAUGGCUAUUCAUAUUAUCGUUUCAAUAUAAAAGAACAAGAAGAAUUUAAACAAAUAUCAAAUCUAAUAUCUUCACAUUUAUCUGAACCAUAUUCUAUAUAUGUUUAUUGGUAUUUUUUAAACAAUUGGCCAGAAUAUUGUUUCACGAUUAAAGAAACCAUAAAUGAUGUAAAUAAUAAUAACGAUAAAAAUAACGGAUCAACUGUGAAAAACGAAAAAAUCAUUGGAGUGAUAAUAUCAAAAUUAGAACCACAUAGACAAGUUAGAAAUAGAGGUUAUAUUGGAAUGCUAGUAAUAGAUCCGAAAUAUCGAAAAAGAGGAUUAGCUAAAAAUUUAGUUAAAAUUACUAUAAAUAAAAUGAUUCAAGAAAAAGUUGAUGAAAUAAUGUUAGAAACUGAAGUUAUAAAUGAUGGAGCUUUAAAAUUAUAUGAAAGUUUUGGAUUUUUAAGAGUUAAAAGAUUAUAUCGAUAUUAUUUAAAUACUCAUGAUGCAUUUAGAUUGAUAUUACCAUUAAGUGAUAAAUCUCAUACAAGAAUUGCAUUUUUACCAUCAAUUAUAGAUGAAAAUAAUCAAACUGAAAGAAAUCAUGAUAGUUUAGCUAUAAAUGUAUAA